AUGCACCCGUCUAUGUACAUUGGACGCCUAAGAGGCCGGGGGAUCUGCGCGCUGUAUCGGUUCCCAGACAAGAGUUGGAUAGGAAAUUACUGUCUCAAGAAACCAAGAUUCGUACAUUUCCCUUUCGCACGAUUUCUUGCGCAUCUCUUGCUUCGCCAAGCUGUCAGCCAAGGUGACAUUGAGGUCGAUCGCAAACCACCCGAGAGAUUCGCGUUCCGGCCUUUCAAGAAUGAAGCCGGGAUGAACCCUAAGGACAAGAAAUGGGCAAAGGCGACGCCAGACACCCCGCCGCAAAUGACAAAAUGUGAAGGUGCUUGUGAGCGUUUAAUAACCCGACAAAGGGGUUCUCCCACUUCGCGUGCAUAG